AUGGCCGCGCAAAUCCCGAAGCAUCCCCUGGAGAUUCCUCCACCAUCUGAAAAGGACUGGCUAAAGGAUGACGAGGAAGAUUUCUUCCUGCAGGAUCCCGAUCGACAGCGUGAUGCGUUGCCUCAGCCCUUCAGGAUGGUCAACAAACUGGUCACGCUUGUUUUUGAGAAUGCUAUGGAAAUCAUUGAAGAAAGGGAGAUGCUCCGAGAAGUGGAGAAACUAAAGGUCCAGCCCACAAAAUGCUUUCCCACAGCUGAAUUCCAGGUAACCGGAAGAGCCAAUUGCCUGGCAGUGUCUGGAAAAUACAUCUUUGUUGGUCUGUCUGAGGGUCUCGCUGCCUUCACAGUCUUCAGCUGGGAGGAGGUCUGUGCUUGGGAUGCAGUCAAGACUGAGAUUUGUGCCAUCCACACCUUGGAUUUGGAGAAUGAGCACCACAUCCUGCUUGCUGUGGAUGAAAUGGGGCUUGUCUGGCUCUUCUGCUUUCACAAGGAAAGCUUCCGACUCAUUAAAAUCCUAAAUGAAGUGGAGGAUAUCAGCAAGCGAAGUACUUGUGUGGAGGUAGUGCUGUCCCCAGGAGGUGAUUACGCAGGAUUCCUGCUGCAAGACAGUACAAAAGCUUGGCUGGAGAUCUACCGAUUGCCUAAGGAUUCCUGGCUGAAGGAGAUGGAAAAGAGCUCAGGAGCUGCAGCGGGGCUGGCUCACUGGAGGAGGAGGAGGUCAACUGCCAUAUCUAUGAAAAGUCUGGAGCUGCGUGGAGAUGGUUCUGCAGAGAUGGAGUCUCCUGUGCCUGCAACUAAAGCUGAUGCAAAGCUGAGUCUCCCAGUGCUGCUGCUGAAAGUGAAGCCACCCAAACCUGUUACAGGCAGUAGUUUUAAAAGCCCCUUGGAUGCCUUGAAGAAAGUGGAUGAUGGCAUCAUGCUUGGCUUGGGCUACAACCACCUAAUCAAGGACUCCCAGUGGGAGCAGCGGGAAGGAAUCUUCUGCAGCACUUAUCCAGAGUGUCUGGAGGCUGAGGGUGAGAGAAAGAACAAGGAGGAGAUCCCCAGACAUGCUACUUUUCAUUUUCUUCUCCCUAGCCAGAUCCUACAAGUGCAACCAGAAAUGAAAGUACAGCCAGAUGUUCCAGCUGGCAUCAGUGUGCACUGGGAUGGGAGCCACAAUCUCUGUUUCUACUUACUUAACCAUCCACUCAAGGAUAAAGUGGAUUCUGAUCCAAAACCUGAAGUUGUGUGGCCAUGUGCAGCUCCAAUUGUGUGCUCAGCUGUCAGCUCCUGCUCCAGGUACCUGGCACUGGCAUGUGAAGAUGCAACAAUAAUUAUUUGGGAUGCACACCUAGGAUACCCACUGUCUGUGACUGCCAUUUUAGAGGAACGUCUCAUCCGUAGCAUCCACUUCUUGCAGAGUUCUGCAGCUGCCAGUGAGGAGACACCUUGCCCUGGUACAGACCCUGCCUGUCCCAUUGUGCAGCUCCUAGUGCUGUGUACAGACAGCUCUUUCUAUUUGGUGAAAACACCCGUGGCUGGGAAGUCCAGCAUCACGCUCUUGGCGGACAGGCCUGAAGAUCCGAAUCUUGCUGUCAGUGCUGUGGUGCCUGUCCUGGCAUUCCCCAGUGCAGCCCUGGUCUUCUCCUGGAAUGGCACAGUGUCCCUGAUGAACACUGCCACAUCACAGAUUGUUUACUGCUUCAGUACUCCACCUUCUCAUGCUGUAGCAUCUCCCUGGCAGCCAGUGUUCACAGUGGAUAGUAUGAAUUGGUGCCUGCUGCUUCAAGGACAUAAGCAGCAGCAGAGAGGUGCAUUGGCAGAGAGCACAGCCAGUCACAGCACAAUCUUUAUUUUUGAUUUCAACUCCUACUCAUUGAAGGAGGCUUUCCCAAAGGAACCCAGUUUGCCACUCAAAUCCAUGCAGAACCUGCCAUGGGUUGAGAGAUGUAACAUUUUCUUACAUGAGAGACAGCAGAGCCUGCCAGGACUCAGGGAACUGUUGCCUGAAUACUGGAGUCGGCUGCAGGCACGAGCAGCUGCCAUGGACAAAGAGAGACAGAAGGUAAAGGGACAGAAGAAGCUGUAGUCAGCCUUGCAUCCUGAGGGCCAGGCUCUGCACUAUCACCGUCCUGCAGACCCAGGAUCCAGCACUGAUAUUUUGACAGUGACUCUUUUCAAAUCUAUCCUGCUGCUUGCCAGCCUGGGGCAGUUUGUUAUCUGAAAUAGCUGCCUGUCUGCCACUGCUCAGCCACAAGGCUCUGUGCCAUGCCUCUCUCCUCUCCCUCAGCCUGUUCCAGCAGGGUUCAGCCCCUCCUCCUCAGAGACAAACAUUGCUGAUGGAGGAGUCUUGGGGUGGGAAAGGCUUCCCAUCGAGGUGGCAAGCCUGUGUGGUUCAGCGAAGGAUUUGUGCUGGAUCUCUGAGUCCUUCCAUAGACGUGGAGCAUCAGAGCAAUGUGGUAUGUUACAAUGUCCCUCAUUAAUAAAGCGUUUUCUCCCGUAAA